CAUAUCAGUCAGUUUUUUGUAUGUAGGUACUGUGUGGAAAACUUUACUUUUUUAUUUAUUUAAUUUACCUACCUAUUUCUUUUUUGUACAUUAGUUGUUCAUAAUUAACUUAUUUGAUAUUUUUUUGUUUUAAUUGUUCAAGAUACUAUCUAUCUCAUCAAACUAUUGUCAGCAUAUGUGAUAAAUCUUUCGUGUUAGUCCAGAACUCUCAGAACAGGAUCAUCAAGUAUCACAUGUGGAAUUUAAUCAUAAUAACUGCGCUAAGCAUACAAUGGAAUCAACGGUUUCUGUAUCAAAGGGAGUGUUUUUGUUUAAAAAUGGCUUUAAAAAAGUAAAAAACCCAAAGAAGAAAACCCAAAACAAGAAUUUUUUUGAAAAAAGUUUCGGUAAACAACCAUGGUAUGUAGCUUUUAAGAGAAAUUGGAAAAUAAUUGAAGAUGAAAUAAAGAAUCUCCAGCACCGAACAUAUAACACAUUGCUGAAUGACAUAGUCAAUUACAUCAAAUCAUUUCAUAAUCAGGAAACAUCUGACAGUUUGGAGACAAUAAUACCAAGUGCUACUCUUUUGACUGGUGUUAAUCAACCAGACCAUUUCUCUCAGUUUGCAGCAUUGAUUGAUAAAAUAAGGGAAGAAGUUACACCUCAUAUUGCUAUGAUAAGUUCACAAGAUGCACCUACAGUCAAACAUCUUGUUGAGAACACGGUGUGGCAGCUCAUACAUGGACAUGAGAAAUUGGAGAGCAUUGAUGAAGAAGAUGAUGACUUAAAAGGGACUAAGAAAUUGAAGAAAAAUCAAUGUACAUUCAAAACACUAAAACAAUGGUAUACUUCUCAGUUUUUGGGACAAUCUCCAAGGAAAAAAAGACAUGGAAGUAUGUCUUCCAGAUCUAUGGUUAUUAUUAUACCUGAUUUUGAGAGUUUCAAUUGUAAUGUACUGCAAGAUUUUGUUAUGAUCGCAAGCUCGUAUGUGCCGUCGCUGCCGCUGGUGUUCGUGUUCGGCGUAGCCACGUCGGUAUCGGCGCUGCACAAGUCAUUCCCGUACCACGUUUCGUCCAAGUUGCUGAUUAAGGUUUUCCAUUCACAGGCGUCGCCAGUGUACAUGAAUCAAGUUCUGGAAGACAUAUUUCUAACUCACACUAGUCCAUUCCACUUAUCAGCCAAAACUUUUGAACUGUUAACAGAUGUGUUCUUAUUCUACGAUUUUUCGGUUACUGGUCUAAUCCAAAGUAUUAAGUAUUGCAUGAUGGACCACUAUUACGGAGACAACACAAAGACGUUGUGCUGUGAACGCAGCAAAAUAGAAGAGGCUAUUACGAAGCUAACUACUGAAGACCUGGAAAACAUCCGGCAACUGAUGUCAUUCAGACCGUUUUUGGAGUCACAGGAGGACUGCCAGACCAGAAUCAGCUUGUUUGAAGAUGACGCCUUCUUUAGAGAAGUGCUUUGUAGCGAAAUUAAUAUACUUCAAGAUUAUAUUUACACGUUUUACACGUGUUUGAGGAUAUUGCUCGCGUUUGUAAAGGAUCUUCCAAAGAAUUUAUUAGGAAAAUCGGUCCGCGAAAUCUAUACAAAAUGUGCACAGGAAAACGUGACUAGUACACAAGCGUUCAAGGAAUGUAUGCAACUGAUCAACUUUCAAUCUCAAGUAAAAUUAGUUGAUAGUAUCAAAAACGCCUUGAAGAUAGUCAAUACUGCCUUACAAGUGGUGUCCCCUGUCAAGCCUCUACGAACUACUCCAAGCAAAAGCAAUGUGGAUAACAUUGUUAUAAACCACGACACUGGAGAAAAUUUCGUAAAGGCGAUCAGAGUGCAUUUAAUGAUGUUUUCGAGGCAAAUUGAGAAUGCUAGCACAGAAUGCAGUGUCAUAUCCGAAGUCGUUGAUGAUGAAAAUGAAGUGGAAAAUGUACCGGGAAACAGGUACAAAUUGAAGGAGAAAUUACUAAAAGCCACUCGCGUAGACAAAGUGCAAUCGGAAUUCUCGAUGGUUCGGUCUCGUUUCGUGAGCUACCUAGAGGAGACGCUGUCAGCGGGUCUGCAGCCGCCGCCGACGCGGGCGCUGCACGAGCUGCGCUGGGCCGCGCGCGGGCGCGUGUGCGCGCGGCUGCUGGGCGCGCCGCGCGCUGCGCUGCACACCGCGCUCACCAACCCCGUGCAUUACUUGCAGUGUUCGUGUUGCCGGCUGCCGUCGGCGGACAGCGUGGGCCGCAGCCUGCCGGACGUGUGCGCGGCGUACAAGCUGCACCGCGAGUGCGGGAAGCUCAUCAACCUGUUCGACUGGCUGCAGGCCUUCGCGGCGGUGCUACGCCCCGACGUAGACACCGACGACAGCCAAGAAGACACCGCUGUGCAUGUACGAUUCAAUCGCGCCGUGGCAGAGUUGCAAUUCCUUGGUUUCAUAAAGUCUUCCAAGAGAAAGACUGAUCAUGUCAUGCGAUUAACUUGGUGAUGUUUGAGUGCUUUAUUUAUUUUUUGUAAUAAAUACGAUUUGAUAAAAA